AUGCUAGCUGACAUUGUGCAACAGGCUCUUCUGACUGAGAUGUCUGCAAUAGAAAUGCACCAUUUCUUUGGUAACAUUUCUGACCCAAUCUUCCACCUAGUUAAACCAAGACUGUAUCCAAAUGUGGACUCUGGUCAGCCUGGUCACGUGAGGCUCAUCAUCAGGUCCCCAGACCUGAGCGUAGACUCUGUGUUGGCACCUUCAGAAGGCUUAGUGGCGCCCCAUGUGAGUGCUGGAGUGUAUAUUGAUGGCGUGCUGGUGCCAUUCAUGCCAUUCACCUGUCAUUACCGCUCCACUAAUGCCACCCACGUGGUCACUGUCAACAACUGUGACAACCACGUCCUGGAUGGUAUCAUUAUUACAGCAGACCAGUUGGCCACACUUCAUCCUCUCCUUCAACGUUUCCAGUCACUGGUAGAGGAGCAUCUACCUUGUGACGGCCUCAUUAUGCGCUACAAUGAUACAACAAAUAAUAAUACAUCUACUGAAGGAGUGUUUGGUCUACACAUCUUCCACAUUUUGAAACGGGAUGAAAUACCUGUCCACGGUAGAAGGAGACGGGAGGCUGAAGAGGGUAACGAGGAGCCUUCUGUGUGUGCCACAGGACCUGAGCACUACUUGAGAGGGAGCAUCCGCAACCUUUCUGAGCUGAGGCCGAGCAUUGACCAGCAUCUGGAUGACGAUGUAAAUAAGUUUCAGAAACCAGUCAUCCACAGUGACAUCCAAGAGCACAAAGUGGGGACCUCUCCAGUCACAGUGGUGGUUAGGAAGACCUUGGAACUGGCAGUGUUUGGAGAUGUAGCUCUCUACCAAAGCUUCCCACUGAGAGUGGGUAGUUCUGACAAAUCUUCACUGAUAAACUACAUUCUCACAAUCGUCGAUGCUGUUCAGGGUAUCUACCAUCAGGAAGAGCUGCAAGGCUAUGUUAUUGACAUUGUUAUUGUGCGUCUGGACAUCCAAACAACAAAUGAUGGUCCGAACACCAGUGGAGGGGAUAUUGGUGGCUAUCUCACGUCCUUCUGUUCCUGGCAGCAAUCACUAAACCCUGCCAGUGAUAGUGAUCCAAACCACUGGGACCACGCACUCAUGUUGUCAGGAUUGGAUCUCACAUCAUCGGGAGAUCCUUCAGUGAUUGGCUUGGCCUGGGUCGGUGGAAUGUGUCGUCCUUCCAUCUCAUGCACCAUGAAUGAAGGUCGUUCCUUUGUCGCUGUGUACGUUGUGGCUCAUGAGAUGGGACACAAUUUUGGUAUGGUUCAUGACGGACAAGGAAAUGCACAACAGUGCAGUGGUUCCAAGUACAUUAUGUCACCAUCUGUGGGACCCGGCAAGACAACAUGGUCUCCCUGUUCCCUCAGUGUUCUUCACUCCUUCCUCAGUCAGCCAAGCUGCCUGCAUGAUGGCAGUGGCGCCUCAGGUGUUGCUGAUGACAGUGGCGCCUCGGGUGUUGCUGAUGACAAUAGCGCCUCGGGUGUUGCUGAUGACAGUGGCGCCUCGGGUGUUGCUGAUGACAGUGGCGCCUCGGGUGUUGCUGAUGACAGUGGCGCCUCGGGUGUUGCUGAUGACAAUAGCGCCUCGGGUGUUGCUGAUGGCAGUGGCGCCUUGGGUGUUAAUGAUGCUACUGAUAGAACAUCAAAUGAUGUACAAGAGGGCUUGCCAAAGAAAGAAAAGGAGUCCAUUGAAUAUCCAAACGUUCCAACAGUUAUUCGCUCAGUUCCACAAGGAGAAAGUCUACCUGUUCGUGACGCACCAACUUCGGUAUCCUUCGAGUCAGAAGAAGAAAGUGGUGAAGAGGAAGAGGAGAAGGAGGACAGUGCUUGGAUAAAACGCAAUCCUGGACUCCUGCUAGAGAGUCGAUGGACUUUAAAAGUAAAGGAAUUUCAGUUAUUUCCUCUUCCUGUUCAACCAUUGGCUAAGGAUUUGUGUGCGUAUCUUUAUUGCACCAAUGGUGUGGUGACCAAGCCAGCCCAUCCUGCACUUGAGGGAUCUUUCUGUGGCUCACACAGGGUUUGUAUUGCUGGCAAGUGUCGCCCUGAGGAUGAGUUGGCUAAUCUUACUCUUUAUAAUGAGCCAAACAUUCCCCACUCCUCAGUCACUCCACAGUCACCGACAACAAGAAACCCACCACUCACAACCACAACUGUACCAUCACACUCAACUUCUACUGAAGAACCCUCUACCACUAUAGUUGACGCUUCCACCAGCUCUUCUGUACCUGGUACCACUAGUUCACUGCCACCUACAGAAACUCCUGGACCAGGAGCCUGUUCCUGCAACUUCACUACAAAUAUUUCUGACAUCUUGAAGAAUAUUCCAAAAACAAUCUGUCCAUUUCUUGCACCAGUUUAUCACCCGCUUUUCAGCUGUGGUUCUGGAUGUUCAGAAUAUGAUCUACACGUUGACAUCUCGUCAGGAAGCUUGACUACAGUGAGCCAACAAAUAGCACAACUUGGAGAUGCCACAGACUUAUGUUUCUUUGAAAGUUACAGCAUCAUCUCUGACAAGGAGGCUAAAAUAAAGACUGAUAACAUUCUCGUUAACCGGAGUAGUUCUAUUAAAGCGAUUAAUACCUGCCUAGCCAUUCCACAGUUACUUCAUCCACCUCUCCAUUGUCCAAUUAUUGCUCCAGUGGAUUUAGAGAUAAACUGUGCACCUCAGAACAUUAUUCUAAAGGCAUCAGGUUAUAACCUUACUUAUGUCCAGGUGAAAGAUGACGGUAACCUGAAUAAAACGGUUCAGUGGAAGGGAAAUUCAUACACCUUAAUAAAAGAAACGAGAAGUACAACUGAAGAGCAAGAUCAUGUAGCACCAUUCAUUAGUAGAUUAAACAGGGAUUCGAUGUCUAGUAAAAUUAAAUGUGAUUUAGAAACUAAGUUUCCUAAAGAACUGCAGAAUCUACCAAAGGAAGUUUGUAAAUUCUUGGCUCCCUCUUUACAUGAAUUAUUCAAUUGUUUUUCUGAUAUACAAUGCCCAGAGUAUGUACUUUUCUUAGACUUGUUAGACAACACUAUCACUAAAGUGCCUCUGAAAACCCCUACUGAACUUAAACCUCCCUGUCUGUCCUGUGACUUAGGGGAAACAAAUAUCAACAUUUCCUUGCUUAAGGCAGUCGACACUCUUGGCAAAUCUUCAGUAAAUGUGAGAAGCCUGUGCAGGUUGUUGCCGUCGUCAUGGCUUGGUGAAGUUCCUAGCUGUAACUCACCACCUGUUUAUGACACCAUCUCUCAAGAUACCUGUUUACCCAUCGUUAUUGUUAUCCUUCUUAACAAAACUGCCUUUACGUACAUAUCUCACCCUGAGGACAAAACAAAUUCAGGAACACCCACAAUUAAAUGGCUAGAAAAACCAUAUUUUUUAGAAAAAGUCACCAAAAACAAAAAUAUGAGAGAAAUAUUGGAGGAUGAAUAUGUGUUAGAUUUUGAGGCUUAUAGUUCAAGGAAAAGCUUGUCUAAUGAACUGAGUAUAACACCACAUAAAAAUAGCAGAACUUUAUCCUUACAUUUUAAUGACAGUGACAAGGUCAUGAAAGACCCUGAACCUUCGGCUGGUAACAUCACUUCUCUAGAUAUUUCACAGAGAUCUGGUGGAGGCGAUGUUGUUGAAGAAGCAUUGCGGGAGUAUGUGGGACAGAAUGAUGUGUUUCUUCCUCUUAAUGCUCCGAAGGCCAUGCCACGAACGAAGGUAGGACCAUGUAGCGUCACAUGUGGCCAAGGAAUGCAUUACGUUCACAUGGAAUGCGUCGAUGUCACAACAGGAGAGUUGUUAAACGAGGACUCCUGCCAAGGUUACAUCAUUCCUAAAGAGCAGCUGGAACCCUGCCACAUGCCGCCUUGUCAGGAUCCCAGGUGGAGUGUUGGUGAAUGGGGGAGUUGCAGCGAGCGGUGUGGUGCUGGAGUACAGUUUCGACGUGUUGACUGCAUCAUACCCAUCAAUCAGAGAGAGAUGGAACUCAAAUAUUACAAUAGUGACUUGCGUAUUGAACCUCAGCUGAUAGUAAAGAAACAAGAGUGUGGGGAAGAGGCGCCUCUUCAUGUGAGGAACUGUGAAGGAAACUGUCAACCUGAUUGA